AUGAAGCUUCCCACCCUUUCUCUCCUAUUUCUCUGCGGCUUCGUCGCUCUCUGCGUCGCCGCACCAGCACCAACCCCCUCCCCAUCCCCACCUUCGACCGAAGCACUCUCAACCAAUCUCACCACCACCACCACCACUUUGACCCCGAAGCGAGGCGAGAACAACUGCUCCCCAACCGGCCCCAAACACUGCAACUUCUUCAUCAAAACCUGGAUGCCCAUCCUGUCCGCGGGCUUCCAGCACCGCUGGAAAGUAUUCGACCAUACCUGCAAGCAGAUCGGCGGCGAAGACGCUCUCCGGGUCGACCGCUCCGACUUUUCCCUCACGAGCCAGCUCCCCUACACCAUCGAGCUCCACCUCUCCGGCGGCUUCAAACCGAGCGGUCACAUUCUCUAUGCGGGGGAGAAGGUCGACUUGAAGAAGAUGUACUGCGAGGAUUGCGAGUCAGUCAUGGACCGCAUGGUGGUGUUCGGUUACAAAUGA